AUGGACGGCGCAGUAGCGAUCGUGGGAAUGGGAUGUCGGUUCGCCGGUGCAUCUUCCCCUGAAAAGCUGUGGCAAAUGAUUCAAGAUGGUCGUAGCGGCCACAGUCGCAUCCCAAAUCGCAGCUUCAACCCGGACGCGUGGUACCAUCCGUCCCGGCAGAGACAUGGAGCGAUCAGCACAAAAUCGGGAUUCUUUCUUGAUGAUGUGUCCGCCUUCGAUGCUCCCUUCUUUUCGGUUACUGCCCGCGAGGCAGCCGCCAUGGACCCAAUGCAGCGCCUUGGCCUAGAGGUGGCCUAUGAAAGUUUCGAAAACGCUGGAAUCCCCAUGGAAAGGCUCGCACGCAGUAGAACAGGCGUGUAUAGCGGUGUUAUGACGGCCGAUUACCAGGAGAUUGCUGAAGGGGACUUAUUCUGCCUGGGAGAUCAUGCAGCUACAGGAACCAAUAAGGCUAUAUUAUCGAAUCGUAUCUCGUGGUUUUUCGAUUUGAAAGGGCCUAGCCUAACGCUUGACACUGCUUGCUCCUCCGGCCUGUACGGCCUACACUUGGCCUGUCAGGCUAUAAAGGCUUGCGAAUGCGACCAGGCUCUUGUUACGGGAACGAAUCUCAUCCUGCACCCUAAUCUGGUCUCACAAUAUUCGGCAAUGCGGAUGAUAGGGCCAGACGGCAUUAGUCACACCUUUGACGAGUCAGCUAACGGAUACGGACGAGGGGAAGGCAUUGCCGGGGUAGUCGUCAAGCGUUUAGAGGAUGCACUCAGGGAUGGUGAUGUGAUUCGUGCCAUUAUCAGGGGCACGGGGGUUAACCAUGAUGGUAAAACGACGAGUAUGACUAUCCCGAGUGAGGAUGCCCAGGCUGCUCUGAUCGAAAGUACUUACCGAAGGGCGGGGCUGCCUUUGUCCGAGACAUGUUACUUUGAGGCUCAUGGUACCGGAACGCCGCAGGGUGACCCGAUAGAGAUGCGAGCGAUUGCAAAGACGAUAGGGACGGCACGGAGAUCAACCGGUCCACUAUAUGUAGGUAGUGUGAAACCCAAUGUCGGCCAUACUGAGGGUGCCGCUGGACUGGCUGGCCUGAUCAAGGUAGUCAUGUGUCUAGAGUCUGCUGUAAUUCCCGCUGUGACGGGCUUGAAGCAGGUCAACCCAGAGCUUCAUUUAUCGGAAUGGAACAUAAAGCUCCCAAGAGAGAACCUGCUCUGGCCCGAGGCUGGUCCUCGGCGAGCCAGUGUCAACUCAUUCGGAUUCGGUGGCGCAAACGCACAUGUCAUCCUCGAAGAUGCACUACAUUAUUUGGCAUCGUGUCGUCUCCAAGGCACUCACAUUACCGUCUCAUUCCCAGAAUCAUCGUUUGACUCUUCUCGGAGCACAUCCACAGAACAGAGUAACUUCGCUGCUGGCGAGUCCAAGCUUCAGCUCUUUGCAAUUUCAGCGAACGAUCAAGCUGGGCUGACUCGGGUUGGCAAAUUAUAUGCCGACUUUCUCGAACAAAAGCCUGGCUCCAAAAAAGGCGAGGUUACAUCUAUGGAGACCCUCAGUUAUAUUCUUGGCACUCGGCGAUCCCAGAUGGACUUCCGCAGCUACGUUGUGGCUGAUACAUGGGUCAAACUCGUUGAGUCCUUUCGCCGCCAGCAGGAUCUUCCAAGAGAGCGUGUAUCCUCUCGGAAGAAGAUUGCCUUUGUAUUCACUGGUCAAGGUGCGCAGAGACCUGGAAUGGCGCGCGAAUUGUUGUCAGAUCCAGAUUCUGGCUCCAGUAUUCGACGCAGUCAAAAGGUAUUGGACGCGUGUGGGGCAGGGUUUGACAUACGCCACAUGCUCAUGUCCGCAACGGCAGAGACUAUUGGAGAUCCUCGAUACUCACAACCCCUAUGUACGGCAAUACAGAUUGCAUUGGUCGAUCUCCUGCAUAGUUGGGGUAUAACGCCUGCUGCAGUAGUUGGUCACUCCUCCGGUGAAGUUGCGGCUGCAUAUGCUGCCGGUGCUAUAUCCCAGGAAGAUGCAAUGUAUGUGGCCUUCUAUCGGGGAGCACUCUCAAGUCAAGUAGCAUCGCGCUCUGGAACCGAGGGAUGUAUGCUCGCAGCUGGUCUUUCAGAAUCGGAUGCAGCCUCAUAUCUCGCUACAUCCGGAUGUGGUGACUCAGUGACUAUUGCCUGCAUCAAUAGCCCCUCUAGUGUCACGCUAUCUGGGCCGGUCCAGGAGAUUUCGACGCUACACGAGAAACUCAUGGCAGCCGGAAAGUUCUCACGUCUGUUGCGUACUGGGGUCGCCUAUCACUCUCCUCAGAUGGCGGUCAUCACCGCCGAUGUGGAGCGAGUGUUGAAUAAUUUGCCUCGGCGUACAGGGGUGCCCAGGGUCCCGAUGUACUCCUCUGUAACGGAAAGCCCGGUGGGUAACAAUGGACUUGAUCGAGCAUACUGGAUGGAUAACAUUCUGAUGCCAGUCCGGUUUGCCGGUGCAUUGCACAAUCUUGUUACUGGGCCUACCAGCGAACCCUGGAAUACUGAAUACAGUGCAAUACUCGAAAUUGGACCUUCCAAAACGCUGCAAGGACCAAUUAAGCAAAUCCUCUCUGGGAUUCACCCACGACUGGCUAGUAAGCUUCCUUAUCGCUCCAUCCUGGUUGCAGGUGAACAUGCCAAGAAAACAGCACUCGAGGCUGCCGGGUUUCUCUGGGCGACGGGUCAUCCGGUGAAGAUCGACAAAGCGAAUGCUAUACCAGGAGAGGGUGUCUUACUAGACAUGCUUCCACGUAUGCCCUCAUAUCCUUGGAAUCAUGACAACAGCUUUUGGCACGAAAACACCGCCAGUAGGGCAGUGCGAUUGCGCCACCAGCCUCGAACUGAUCUUCUCGGGGUGGCAGUAGACGGUCAAAAUCCGUUUGAGCCCCGUUGGCGUAAUAUCUUGAGUGUAUCCGAAAACCCUUGGCUGGCCGAUCACAAUGUGGCUGCAGCCUGCUUGUAUCCUGCUGCGGGUUAUUUGGUCAUGGUACUAGAGGCUGCAGCUAGCAUGGCUACAGACAAGGAGUUCCUUGAGGGGUUUGAGCUCACUAAUGUCAUGUUCGAAACAGGGCUUGCUAUUCCUGAAGAUUCCACCGGAACAGAAGUCUGUUUAUCCUUCCGUCCACAUAGUCAUCUAAAUGGCAUGUUUGACUUUACUGUCUAUUCCAAUCCACCUGGAGAGUCAGUACGCAGACUAGUUACGGGCUCCGUGAUGACAGUUUACAAAAGCCCGACCCCGAAUGAGUUUGAAAAGGAUUCCAAGGAAGAACAGUGGUCCCAUAUGCGCGAUAUGCUGCUAAAUGCCCAAAAUCUCACGAGCAAUCCCAUUGAGAAGCAGGAAUUUUAUAACCACCUGGUGUCCAUAGGUCUCAACUAUGGCCCCAUGUUCCAGGGACUGCAGGAUAUCAAAGUGGCGCCACACUCUGGAACUGCAUGUGGUACCCUUAAAGUCCCGGACACGAAGUCUGUCAUGCCCGAGCAGUUUGAAUAUCCUCAUUUCCUGCACCCUGCCACGCUGGAUAGCGCAUUUCAACUGGCAUUUGCAGCGGUUCAGGCGCAGGAAGCUAUGCAUCAGGCAGCCGUGCCAAUCUCCGUCGACCGGAUAUUUGUCUCCGCGGAUAUAUGCAGUGGUGCUGGGGCGACGUUCUUAGGUACUGCCUCAGCACAGCGCUUAGGACAGACAUUGACGGCUGAUAUGCUCUUCGUCGAUAUCUCAGCGAGUAGGCCAUAUAUAGUGGUCGAUUCCAUGAUAAUGCGAGACAUUGGUGGAAGACUUGUGGCAAGAGAACAGGCAGCUACGACAGGUGCCCGACGCUCUGCAGAUCUGAUUUGGAAAGAGGACAUUACGACCACAAAAGUCUCAGAAACAAUGAAUAGUCACGGGUGGUUGGAUUACUGGCUCGACUGCUUUCUGCACAAAUAUGCAAAUGUCAACAUCCUCUUUGUUGGAGCCAAAAAUCAUAAGCCUUGGUUUACGAUUGUUGAAAGCAAACUAAGGUCCAAACAGCGACCUUCACAUUGUACGGUUGUUGUGCCUGGUCCCGACCAACAGGUGUUGGAAUCUCUUGACGGCUCAUUGCAUACUCUGUCAGUGAAAGCCACCGGCCCUGACGAGGCCUUUCAAGAGAAGGUAGAGGCUCUCGGAAAAUAUGACCUUGUCAUUCUCUGUGGAUCUGAUCUAGCGAACUGGACUGUUUCACUCAUUCCUCGUAUUUGGAAACCGGAGGCACGACUGGUGGUCCUCCAGGAUAGGGGUGAUAACGCGGAGGAGACAUCGUUCCGCGAAAUGAUACAUCACAACUACCACGUAUUCGAAGAGUCGAUUCAAAAUGACUGCAGUUAUUUGGUUGCUGGUUCCCCUCCGAAACCUUUGCACUCUGGUCCGGAUCAGUGGAAACAGAAGGGUAUCAUUAUUCUCGAGCGAAAUCCGGGCGAUCAAACACCAAGCCAGCGGAAUAUACGCGAGUCUCUCUGUGAGUACUUUGAGCAAAAUCGUAUCAAAGUCAAAGUCGCAUGCUGGGGUGAAUAUCUCCCAGUCAACGACGCGAUCGUUAUCUCGCUGAUUGAGUACGGCAAACCUCUCAUCUAUAAUGCUGGAGAAUCCGACCUGGUCCAUCUCCAACAACUGGUGUCUAGUGCCGAGUAUGUUCUUUGGGUAACGACUGGAUCUCUCGCUUCCCCGAAUGAAGAUGGUAUCAAGUAUGCCGCAACCACUGGACUACUGCGCACCGCUCGUGCUGAGUAUCCUCAACUCGCAAUCCCACAUCUGGACCUUUCUUCAGAUGACUCCCAGAGAGAAGAUACGGUCUCUAUCAUCUCCCAAGUACUUUGCCAAACCAUACCAGGUCUUGGCAUAACGACGGAUGUUAUAGAGACGGAGAUCUUAGAGAUGGACGGCAAGCUAUUGAUUCCCCGUCUGCUGCCAGACGCAGCCAUGGACGCCGAGAUUGCCCUGGAUUCGCAUCAUUCGGUUAAUGUCGAUCUCAAAUUAGAGAAUCUCAGCCAGGCGAUGGCAUUGCAGGUCAGCGCAGUGGGAUUUAUCCAAUGGGCCCCCAUCGCUGAUUGGGUUGACGGCGACAGUGACAGUGGCACUGAGGCGGAGGCGGACACUCUAUUGAUUACAACAAAGUAUAUGGCAAUCACGCGUCUUUCGCGGAGCCACCAGGCUUUGUCGUCAUUCAAUACAUUAUACAAUGGCUGGGGUGUGGGAACCACCAUCGGAUGUGUCACCGAGGUCGGCCAUUAUGUCAGGGACUACCAGGCGGGCGAUAUGGUGCUGCGUCUUCCAGCAGCCCCGAUCCAAACGCGAUUCCGAGAUGAUGCUAGCUCUCUACUCAAGCUACCUAGCAAUAUCUCUCCUACGCAAGCAGCAUAUUGGAUAGGUCCUUUGACGAUGGCGUACCACAUUCUAGGGCAGAUGGUGCUGCCAAUGCCAAGUCCAGGCGAAGAAAGCGAGGACAACUUCUCACAGGACACCGUAUCUACCGAUUCAACCCCCAGAAGCCCUUCAGCAAUGUCUCAGAAUGAUGGGCCGAUUAUUUUGAUUGACGUCGGAGAUUGUACGCUGCGGAGCGCGCUCUUACAAGUCGCACAGUGGCUUAGCCUCAAAAAAUUUGCCGUCAUACCAGAAGGUGAAGAAUUGAUUGCACCUUCAAAUUGCACUGUGUUGAGCCAAUUGUCCAGCUCGGUUUCCUGGAUGAUUCGCAAUAGAUCUACUCAUGGUGGCAUUGACCUAGUUCUUUCUGAUUUAUCCAAUAUCUCCAACCUACCACAUCUCUUGACCAGUAUUGUGCCACAAGGUCGCUUUAUCACAAUUGAAGCCAAUGCUGACCGGCAGAGCGCUCUUCACAAUCUUACGCAACGGCAUGAUAUUCAAUUUGUGUCACUAGACUCCUCACAAAUCCACAUGGAAAGUAUGCAUAGUGCCCAAAGAGCCGUGGUUGGGCUUCUAGAAAGGAGCCCAUCCGUCUUGCCUGUACAACCACCUUCAUCGCAGCACUCGAUUUCUCAGCUUGACUCAAUUCUGGAGACUUCAAAUAAGGGACCAAGCCACGUUGUAUUAUCUUUUGAGCCCUCGUCUCUGAUUCCGGUCCAGCACACAGCUCCUCGUCCCACGCAACUUAAGUCAACUGGAACAUACAUAGUUUCGGGUGGCCUUGGGGCAUUGGGUCUCAAAAUCGCGGCUUGGCUGUGUCAUGAUCACGGUGCCCGCCAUCUUGUCCUUUUAUCUCGCUCGGGAAGGAUACCGGAGUCUUCUGAGGUUGCAAUAAAGGCGCUCAUCCAAAAAGGCUGCCGCUGCGAGGUCGUGCGUUGCGAUAUCACAUCACCAGCUGCGGUCCGAGAGGUCGCAGCUCAGGGCGCAGCAAACAACUGGGAUAUCCGUGGUAUCAUCCAGAGUGCUAUGGUUCUCGCUGAUGCGCCGCUAGAGAGUAUGACGUUUGACCAAUGGACAACUGCAACAGCACCCAAGAUUCAAGGAUCAUGGAACCUACAUCAAAUCCUCGGAGAAAAUCUAGAUUUCUUUAUCCUGCUCUCCUCAAUCUCCGGGAUCAUCGGUAACAGCGCCCAGGCAAAUUACAGCGCAGGAAAUACCUUCGAAGAUGCGUUAGCCGCCCAUAGACACCAUCUUGGUCUGACAGCCUUGAGCCUGAACCUCGGGCUUGUCUCUGAGGCGGGCACCAUGGGCUCAACGGAUGAAGUUCUCCAAAGAUUCCCUCAUCUUCAUCCUGUGCUCGUCAAUAUGCGGGAGGUCAAGGCCGCUUUGAGUCUUGCUAUUCGCGGAAAAGGCGUGGAUGGACACUUGCUGUCACAUCAAAUAGUGGUUGGCAUUUCUGAUCAAAUUUCACGCUCCGGGGGACUGUUGACUUGGGCAUUUGAUCCCAAGUUUGAGCACCGCGUUGAUCGAACGGUCGCUCCGAUAGACAGCAAGAUCAGUUAUGAGGAGGCUAUUUGUGCUGCUUCAUCUGUUGAGGAUGCUCGUUUGGUAAUCGAGGAUGCGCUGCGUAUGAACGUGGCUAGCGGAAUUUCUACCGAUGCAGGAAACAUUGACGUGGAGAAGCCUAUUACUGCUUACGGGAUUGACUCUCUCAAGGCGACUGAAGUGCGCAACUGGGUGUUGAAGGAGUUCAAGAGUCAGCUGUCUAUCUUUGACGUUCUGAGUCCAGCCCCUAUCUCUCAAUUGGCGUUGGCAAUUUUGAAGAAGUCGUCUCUUCCGAAGCCGGUGGAUUCUGAUGGCAAUUAG